AAAUUACAAGCUACAAGCCUUGAAGGAACACGAAAUAAUCAAAAACUGCUGGUGACCCUAACUUUUUUUGUCAUUGUCAAAUGUGUUACGGAAAUUUUAAAAUUCAAUUCAGUCACGCUUAUUAAAAAAAAACUUCAAUUCACCGUGUAUUUAUCAGAGCUCCAAUUAUAAAAGCAACAGCCAUAAGAUGUCAUGCUUGUGCCAGUAUUUUGGUACAUCGAAAAAUCGCAAGUUAAUUGGUCUUAAUUCGGAGGGCAGUGAGGUUUCCGUGCUUACGCCGAAUGCGCUUCCAUUGACUAAAAACGUACCGAAGGACGAGCCAAAGCAGGACACGGCCAGUAAAUUGAAUGAAGAAGUAUCGGCUACAGAAUUGGCUGCUGCUAAGGCGGAAAUUUGGAUACUAAAAAAGCAUCUCAAUGAAGCGCAAAUAUCUAUUGAGAAUUUGGAAAAUCUUGUGCGUACGAUUAUACUCAAGCAAAAUGAACUGCUGGGUGAGAUGUACGAUCUAAAGCAUCAGAAUUAUGAGUUGCAAGAUGAAUGCCGUAUGCAACGUGACUAUCAGAUGAUGGAAAGGAAUGCAACGAUGCGCGAGAUGCACGAAAUCAAAACGCUGCUGGGCGAUCGCACAAGGGUGCUGGAGGAUACCGUUUCACGAAAUUCAGAGUUGACUUCCGCCCUGCAGGAUGCUAACGAGAAAAUCUAUAUGAUGGGCAUGAAGUUUUUGAAAUUGAAAGCAUCGCGUUCGAAACGCUCCAAUGUGGCGAACACUACAUCGGGUAGCAAUACGGAGCGUUCACAUUCGGGUUGAUGGAUAGAAUAACUUAUAAUAGCAGUUCAACUUGUAUAAGCAGCUGCUUCGAAAUCAAAUUGUCCGUUUAUGCACAAAUGUUUAUUUUACUAAGGCUUUAUUUUUCAGUUAGCCUUAAGCUAACGCACGAAAGCUGGCGUGAAAAAUAUUAUUAACUAAUUCGUGACCCUGAUAGGGAGCUGCUAUAUUUUGGGGUACGCUAAUUGGCAAAUAAAGAAGUAUUUAAAUAAAGG